AUGUCAUCAAGCGAAAACACGUUACUGGAUGGAAAGUCAGAGAACACAAUACGAUUUUUAACUUUCAAUGUCAAUGGUAUAAGAACCUUUUUUCAUUAUCAACCAUUUUCUCAAAUGAAUCAAUCCCUUAGAUCUGUUUUCGACUUUUUUCGAGCAGACAUAAUAACAUUCCAAGAGCUCAAGACGGAAAAAUUGUCUAUCUCUAAGUGGGGGAGAGUUGAUGGUUUUUAUUCUUUUAUUUCUAUCCCUCAAACCAGAAAGGGAUAUUCUGGCGUUGGCUGCUGGAUUAGAAUUCCGGAAAAGAACCACCCACUAUACCAUGCAUUACAAGUCGUUAAGGCAGAAGAAGGUAUAACGGGUUACUUGACAAUAAAAAAUGGUAAGCAUUCAGCAAUCUCCUAUAGAAACGACGUAAAUCAAGGAAUUGGUGGUUACGAUUCUUUAGAUCCCGAUUUAGAUGAGAAAAGUGCACUGGAACUAGAUUCAGAAGGCAGAUGUGUUAUGGUUGAACUGGCAUGUGGAAUAGUUAUUAUCAGUGUAUAUUGUCCCGCAAAUUCGAACUCAUCGGAGGAGGGUGAGAUGUUUAGAUUAAGGUUCUUGAAAGUUUUAUUAAGAAGAGUUCGGAAUUUGGACAAAAUUGGGAAGAAGAUUGUGCUAAUGGGCGACGUAAAUGUUUGCCGGGAUCUUAUAGACAGUGCCGAUACAUUAGAACAAUUCUCAAUUCCAAUAACAGAUCCCAUGGGUGGAACAAAGUUAGAAGCACAAUAUAGGGAUAAAGCAAUCCAAUUUAUUAUCAAUCCGGACACGCCACAUCGGAGGAUAUUUAAUCAAAUAUUGGCUGAUUCACUUUUACCAGACGCGAGUAAAAGGGGGAUACUGAUAGACACUACGAGGCUAAUUCAAACAAGAAAUCGACUUAAAAUGUAUACAGUCUGGAAUAUGUUAAAAAAUUUAAGACCUUCGAAUUAUGGCUCACGGAUAGAUUUUAUCCUAGUGUCCUUAAAGCUUGAACGAUGCAUAAAAGCAGCUGACAUUCUUCCGGAUAUAUUGGGCUCUGACCAUUGUCCUGUGUAUUCUGAUUUAGAUAUACUGGACGACAGAAUUGAACCUGGUACGACACAAGUUCCCAUACCAAAAUUCGAAGCAAGGUACAAAUAUAAUUUAAGAAACCAUAAUGUUUUAGAGAUGUUUGCCAAAAAGGAUACGAAUAAAGAAUCUAAUAAACAAAAAUAUUGUGUAUCAAAAGUCAUGAAUACCAAAAAAAACAGCAACAUCAAAAACAAAUCGCUCGACUCAUUUUUCCAGAAGGUAAAUGGAGAAAAAGAUGACAGGAUUAAAGAAUCCUCUGAAAUUCCACAGCAAGCUAAAAAAAGAAUCUCCACGCCAAAGUUGAAUUUCAAGGAUGUCUUUGGAAAGCCUCCCCUGUGCAGGCAUGGGGAGGAAUCCAUGCUGAAAACAUCGAAAACUUCGGCCAAUCCAGGUAGAAAGUUCUGGAUUUGCAAGAGAUCUCGGGGUGAUUCAAAUAAUACAGAAUCAUCUUGUGGGUUUUUUCAGUGGGUUUAA